AUGCCUGCUGUCCUGCCUUCUCAUUCUCCAGGAGCCCCCCUGGACACCACCUUCCUCUUCCAGUGCAUCACAGCCAACAUCAUCUGCUCCAUUGUCUUUGGAGAGCGCUUUGACUACAAAGACCGCCAGUUCCUGCGCCUGCUGGAACUGUUCUAUUGCACCUUUUCGCUCAUAAGCUCAUUCUCCAGCCAGGUGUUUGAGCUCUUCUCUGGAUUCCUGAAGUACUUUCCUGGGACCCACAGACAAAUCUCUAAAAACCUGCAGGAAAUCCUUGAAUACAUUGGCCAUAAUGUGGAGAAGCACAGGGCAACUUUGGACCCCAGUGCUCCACGAGACUUCAUCGAUACCUACCUUCUACGCAUGGAGAAGGAGAAGUCCAACCAACACACGGAGUUCCACCACCAGAACCUUGUGAUCUCCGUGCUCUCUCUCUUCUUUGCUGGCACUGAGACCAGCAGCACCACACUCCGCUAUGGCUUCCUGCUCAUGCUCAAGUUCCCCCAUGUAGCAGAGAAAGUCCAAAAGGAGAUUGAUCAGGUGAUCGGCUCACACCGCCCUCCAACCCUUGAUGACCGCAUCAAAAUGCCAUACACUGAGGCAGUCAUCCAUGAGAUUCAGAGAUUUGCAGAUCUUGUCCCAAUUGGAGGGCCACACAAAGUCAUCAAAGACACAGAGUUUCGAGGGUACCUGCUCCCCAAGAACACUGAAGUGUACCCCAUCCUGAGUUCAGCUCUCCAUGACCCACUGUUUUUUGAACAACCAGACACCUUCAAUCCUGACCGCUUCCUGGAUGCCAAUGGGGCACUGAAGAAAAAUGAAGCUUUUCUGCCCUUCUCCAUAGGAAAGCGCAUUUGUCUUGGCGAAGGCAUUGCCCGCAAUGAAUUGUUCCUGUUCUUCACCACCAUCCUCCAGAACUUCUCUGUGUCCAGCGCCAUGGCUCCUAAGGACAUUGACCUCACUCCCAAGGAGUGUGGCAUUGGCAGAAUACCCCCAACAUACCAGAUCUGCUUCUUGGCCCGCUGACUGUGGGCAGGUGUCCUAACUUCAGUAGAGAAUGGCACCAUCUUUCUGUCUCUGAGAGACCUGCAGGAAACCAGACCCUAGUGCAUUGCUCAUAUCCUUCUACCGCCUGUGGCUUCUCCAAAGCUCCAAUGUGUGCUUUUCUAUGUGAAUAGCACUUGAGAAAUCAAUCCAGUGCCUUUCGUGUUGUGUGAGCAGAAAUGUCCGGAGACCACGUCACAUGCUGAGUUACUUCUUGGUUUCUCCCAACAGCUGCAGUCCCCAUUUAUCAACUUGCUGUGCUUCAUGAUCUGUGCUAAUGGACUCUGUACAUGGUCCCAAUUCUGUAUCUACAGAUUUGCCUAAUAUGUAUGGUUCAUGUAAAUGAAAUCACAUAGUGUGUGA